CCACAGUGUACACCACAGACGUGUGUGUUUACCUCAGCAGCUGUGGCGUAGUGCGUCUCUCAUACCCCUCACUGCCAUGACCCGCACCACCUCCACUCUCUAGUCUCCUCCUCCUCCUCGACCACAACCAUGGAAGAUCCAGCCAAGAUAACGACCAAGGAUAUCGAAGAGCUUCUCAAGAUCUUCGAGAAGAACACGUACAGGGCGAGGGAAAGUGGUGUGGUGGAGACGGUAAAGGCUUUCUUCAGUUAUAUUUUUUCGCUACCGAAGCAGGUUGUUUCCUGUUCACAGACUGACAAGAUACUUGAUAAAUGUCUUCAUCUAUGGCAGCUAGACUACAAGUGCAUGGUUGUACCCAAUUCUGAAGGAGAGCUGUGCAACAGUUAUCCCAACCGGCUGAUCAUCCCAGAGUGUGAGGUAGUGCCCGAAGGACUUGACCCACCUGGGCUUGUAUGCCCCCUCACUCUCACCUCGCCCUCGCCGCUAAGUCUUGGCUCGCCCUCGAUCAUUCCAGGAGGAAGUGCACCUUCAUUCUCCUCUGUGGUGUCGGGAGGUGCCCGUGCCUCCAUUUCCAUUAAUGGCCAUCCCACAGAGGUGCAGUCUGCAAGGAAAUGUUCCCUACCAGCUGAUGGGAACAAGAGCAUGAUCGCAGGAACGACGGAGGCACAAAGUAAUGGGUCGAAGUUCAGGGAGUCUAUUCUCAAGGCCAAAUUUGCUCGGUGUAGAGCUAGGUUUCCUAUUCCUACUAUCCUGUACAAGGAAAAUUAUAUAUGCAGAUCUGCUACUUUAUCUGGAGGUCCGGAGAUGUAUGGGCGUUCUGGCAUGGAUUAUCUCUUCAACUCUUCUAGCGCCAAUAGAGUGGAUGAUGAUGAUGACGAUGAAAUACCCCAGACUACCAGCGACUGGCAGUUGUUUGACCGUGUAAGAUCUCAGGAUAUAAGACUAUUGAAGGCGUGUAAUGUUGGUGUGAUCGUUGAUCUCAUGGUGGAGAAGAAGAAAGUAAAGUUUGGAGUAUAUGUGACAUCAUCAGAGAAGGUCGACAAGGAGAACAGGUACAGCGAGUUCAGCAUCUUGUCACUGCCAUAUCCUGGUUGCGAGUUCUUCAAAGAUUUUCGUGACCUGGGGUAUAAUGGGGAAGGACUGUACUUCAACUGGAAUCAGCCAUUUGUUGAUGCCCAGUUAGUUAUUCCAGAGAGGCUCAUGUCUGCCAAAGUAACCUCCGAUUGGAAUAAUUAUCGUAAAUGGGAUCUGUUGCGACUAAGCCAGAACUACCUGAAGUUACUUCUAACGUACAUACACGAUGGAUCGAAAGGUAUACUUGUUCACUGUAUAUCUGGAUGGGACCGCACCCCGCUCUUCAUAUCUUUGCUGAGGCUUUCUCUCUGGGCUGAUGGACUCAUUCACUCAUCACUAGAUUGUAAUCAGAUCCUUUAUCUUACUAUUGGAUAUGACUGGAUGGCAUUUGGUCAUGAUCUUCAGGACCGUCUAAACAAGGGUGAAGAAAUUUUUUUCUUCUGCUUCCACUUCCUCAAGUACAUUACUUCAGAUGAUUUCAGUGUUGGAAGGAAGAGACAUAUGUCAAAUGACAGCUCUAGUUCAGAAAAACUAGACUGUGUGAUGCUUGAUGCUGAUGGCUUGAGCUCGGCAGGAUCCUCCAAUUCCCUGAAUUCAUCGUGCUCUUCAAAUCGGUCUUCUCAUCAUGCUCCUCCUGUGUAUUUUAAGGCGGCAAAGAGUGGGGAAAGUUCUGAUAGUUUUAAUUCUCUAACAUGGCCCUAUGGAAGUUUUACUGAGGAAAUUGACUUUGAUGAGAUUUCCCCAAACCCUGGUAGAACGUCGACAACAAAUAGGGGUUCAUUCAAUAGGUCAUCUGCAAGAGAUUCUGAUACAGCAGGGAUCACAAGUGAGGGAAAGUUAUCAGUGCGGCAAGGUACCAUAGCUGGAAGUCAUUCCCGAGUGACUAGUGGAUUGCUUAAAAAUGGUAGUUCAAACACUUCCUUUCUGGAUGCAAGUAAACCACUUUUAUGCUCGCACAGAUCAAGAAAUGGCCAUAGUGACUCCAGUGGUGAUAGUGUUGCUGGGUCAGACCAUGGAUCAUGGGGCAAUGGUUGUCAGGAACCCCCGCGUGCUUCUACUAGUCCCAUGGCUGUGCCUGUUCCCCGUGGCCGCCCGGCACCACGGACAAGACAAGAGUCGGUUAGCUCUAUUGGAAGUUGGCAGUUGAUUUCUGGAACGGGCAGCCUUCGUGGAUCAACGGGGUCAAUUGGUAACCCUGGCUCGGCAAAUUCUCGCAGUUCUCGUACUUCAGUACCAUCAGACCUGCUGGAUUCGGCAACGACCAUAAAAGAGGAGGAGGGGAGCUGCGACUCUGAGCAGAGCAUUAUAGUUUUCAACAGGGCAGAGAGGCUUGAUAAGGUGCGAUCUCUCUUCUAUACUGUCUACGCUUCUAUAAGCUUCCAAGGUGCCAAUGGACGGAACGAGUCUGCUUUAGCAACCCUAGUCUCUAACUUUGCUCAAAAGGUUGGCAUCAAACCAAUGUCUCCUCGAAACACUCAAUGAUGUUACAAGCCAGUUCACUCCUUGGAAACCAUAAUUAAUGCUUUCUCAAGAUCCGACGGCUAAUUUAUAACUGUGCAAACUGGACUCUGCAGUACACGGGCCAGUCUAUUCUACAGGAAGGAAAGCAAAAUGGUGUACAUAAUGCAUUACAUUGGAGCCUGGUUUUUUUCUUAUUGAUGACAUUUAACAUGCAAAUUUGUGGGUAUUGACAAUUUCCUUGUUUUUAUUUUUAAAUGAUUUUUACUAUUAGUCUGUGUAGUGAUGGAAGUAAAAUCAUAAGGUUUUGCUCAAUUAACUGUAAUUUGUAGGGCUAAUAAAAUUUAUUUUACUCUUGAGCAACGAGGGUGAAGAAAUUGAUUUGAUUUUAAUUGUAUUAAUUUUACUUUGAAAUUGUGCAAGCUCUAAAGAGGAGAAACUCUAGCAUAAUACUGCCUACCUACUGUAUUGCCUCGCCUGCAACCAGACUUUUUAUCUUUACAUUAAAGAUUGGAAGAACCUAAAUUGAAUUGUAUUGCUUGUUUAAGAAUACAGUAGUAAGACUCCCAAGUAAUUUAAAAUUACUUGGAAUCAUAUAUUUUAUAUUGGUUUGCUGGUUUUUUUUUUUUUUCUCCCCAUCAAUAUGUUUAGUUAAAUAUUUGACUUGGACUUUUAAAAGAUUACAACAUAAAUUGCGUUUGUAAAUUCGUCGGUGAACUGGGCACUGGAGUAGAUUACAAUGCUUUAUUUCGGUGAAAUAUUUUAAUUUCUCAGACUUGAAAGCGAAAGUGUAGAUUAAGUAAUAAUACUUUUAAGUUCAUUUUAGAAUGAGGUAAUUUCUCUCCAAAAUAGACACCUGUGUAAACGUUUCCAUCUGAAUAAUGUAUUUUACGUUCUUCCAUGUAGUGCAAAAGCUAAAGAUCCAUGCGGUCAUAAUGCUUGUCAAGUGGAAUUGUUCAAAUUAAGAAGUGGGCAAGUUUGCAUUUUGUCAGGCUUGACAACUUUGAUACAUUCCAAAAUUUUGAUAGGCAAUGGUUGCAUGUAAAUGCAAACUUUGUACAAAUGGGAGCAGUGUUGGCUUGUAGUGCAGUUGUUAAGUAUUAAAGUGCUUCACAGCUGGUCUUUGAGGACUUUGACCCUUCAGCUGCAGUUGUACGUUAGUCUUAAACUACACAGGAUUUGCUGGGUUUUUUUUUUUAAAUGGUUAUUUUUACUAAUUUUGUUUAUAAUGACUUUAAAUAAAGUUUGUAAUCAGUUACGGUUGGUUACCAGACUGUAUAUGUAGCACUUUAUCAACAGACGACAGCCUCCCAGUUUGACAUAAUUUGUGCUCAUUGUAGCUGCUGUUUGCGUCCUGGCUCUAAAUUUUAUUUUAAUUCGAUUUUCCAAAAAUUUUUUUUAACAAGCUGAAGUAUUUUUUUCUAUUUUUUUUUUUUUUGAUUAAAAAAAAUCCAUGCAGUAAAUUCUAGUAAAUGUAUUGAGCAGCAUUAAAUAUCUCGAAUGCCUUAUUACAAUAAAUAUUACAUAGUAAGAUUGUGUAAUUUUGAAAGUUGUGACACUGUCUUUUGCCCCUUAGCUGUAUGUAUUAAGGAGGUAAUCUGUUGUAUAUUUAAAAUGUUUAUUUUGCCAAAACCAUUAGAAAGAUGUGAAAAUUACACAAGAAUUUUAUUCAUGUAAUAACCAGUAGGAUUAAGUCCAGAGCUGUGUAUUGCAAGUGCCAGGCAAUGUAACUUUUGAGAAUCUUCUUCAGCAAAUGUCAAGUGAUAUUUUGUAAUUUGUUCAUUAAUAAAGAAUAGUAAUUACCUGGAGACUAGUCUUAAGUUAGAAUGAAAAAUGUCACUUCCCUGGGCAUGAGGAAUGGUGCCCAACCUUUCAGUCUGAUCAAAGUAGACAUUUUCAACCUCGUGGUGAUUCGGCUCUUUGGUUAGCCGUUGAAUGUUUGGAACGAUAAUGCAUGUGUGAGCGUAGAUAUAUUGUGGAUGUUGGUGUGCAUGUUGAUCUAUAAAAAAAAAAUUAAUUUGUGCUAGUCUUUUAAAAGGGUUUUCAGUUGGCAUGUAAUGAAGGUAGCUUUGAAUGGUUCAAUCCCACACUUAGCAUUUCGGGCAGGUCCUUAAUCUAACAUAUCGGGUAAGAUGGAAAAGUUACAAUGUAGCAAAGUUUUAUAUUGACAUAACUAAAAUACCAGUGUAAUCGCCUCUCAAUUUAUAAAGACGUCUUGAGUACUUUUGGAAGUGGGUAGUAAGAUAGUGUUUGAAGCACAAGGUAGGAAAGUGAGCAUGAAAUUAGGUAUGUUUUUGGUACUUUAUCUGCAACUUAUUACUGUACAUUGUUUAAACAAUUGAAAUGUUUUAUGAUUGUUGCAAACAUAUGGAUUGAAAUGGAUAUUUAUUCUUGUAAUGAAUAGUGUACAUAUGUAAUUAUUCAGAUUGUAAAGUACAUCUAAAUAGUUUGUUGUACAAGAACAAACUGUCACAACCUAGUGUAUGGCAUAUGUAAUAUGCAGUGUAUAUAUAUAAUUUUAAUUAUACUUGGGGAAGUGUGGCCUCUGCUAUCUAUUUGGUGCAACUAGUCUGCCAAGCACUGCCACAAUUCGCCGAAUUAUAGUACCCGGUAUUAUUCUCGGAGUUGCUCUUGUAGAUUUGUAUUUUUAGCCCUCGCGAACUGAAUCUAUGGCAGUGUGCAUCUCGGCCACCCAGGAUUGAACUGUAUGCCAUUGUGUGAUUUGUAUAUUUCGACUAGUGACAACUUGUAAAAUUAAAUACUCUUGUAAAUACU